UUAUAUUUGCCAAAGAUAAAACAUUACACGUUGGUGGCCCGCCCAGUUACCUGUUGUACUCAACCAUUGUUGUCUCGACUCCAAUAAUUAGUGGUGAUCUUCGUUCAACAAAGUGCCCGGUUCUUAAAAAAUAAUGGCUGGGACGGGCCGAGGCACUGGUGCUGCCCAGCUGGAGCAAAAAAUUGGAUGUAUAAAAUACCUGAUAUUCUGUUUCAACGCAGUGAGUUGGAUAUUUGGGGCCAGCUUGUUUGGACUGUCGCUUUGGAUGCGUCUUGAGCCGGGAUUCGAGGAGUGGGUUGGUUUCCUCGGAAUGUGGCAAUUCUACAUUGGUAUUUACAUCCUGAUCGCAGCCUCCGUAAUUGUGAUGAUAAUAUCUUUCGUUGGGUGCGGUGCAGCUCUCAUGGAGCUCGUUGUAGGCCUUUACGCAUAUAUUGGUCUACAAAUCCUGAGCUUUGUAUGCGGUUUAGCCGGGGCUGCGGUGCUCCUUGAUUAUUCGACCUACGACAGUAGUAUUCAACCCAUUAUCUCAACGGCCAUGACAAAUCUGAUAUCCAACUCGCAAUACGAAGGCGCUGCGGUUAUCCUCCGGAUGGUACAGGAGAACAUCGGAUGCUGCGGAGCCAAUGGUCCGAUGGAUUACUUGACGAUGCUGAAGCCACUGCCUACAGAAUGCCGGGACACGGUAACAGGGAAUGCAUUUUUCCACGGUUGUGUCGAUGAGCUUACUUGGUUUUUGGAGGCUAGAUCUGGAUGGAUCGCUGGUCUCGCGUUAUCUCUUUGCAUGCUUCACGUUGUUUUGGCGGUUCUCGCAUUGAUCUUGAUCCAAGCAAUCAAGAAGGAGGAAGAAAUUGCGUACAAACAAUAAUAAUACCAAUCAUUUCAAUUUUAUUCACAACAUACAUUAAGCUUCAUUUACGUAAGUUAUACAAAUAAUUCAAUUGCGAAUGCGAUGCAGCCAUAUAUUACAAUAAUCGUACGAGUUUAGAGGGCGUGCCUCAACCAGUCAAUGAUUAAUUUAUAAUCACAAAAAAUUAACAAAUAAAAGCAAAAUCCAAAGCCACAUAAUCAUUUUACGAACAUGACGUUAAAAGACAAUUGAAAUAUAAUGAAUAAAAAAUCAUCUAACCCAAUUGGAUCUGGACUCGAACCUUCAGCAAGAUUGAUUUUCUUCACACUUGCGAAAUCUAGUAUUACCUUCAGGCAUUGAAACAUAUACAUGUAUAAACACUUAAAUCUAUAAUUAUAUAACAUAAUUUAUCAUUGGUAUAACUUACUAUAAGUAAUACGUGCAAUUGUACGAAAUAGGAAUAAUUUUAAUCAAUUAAAAUGAGUCAGUGUAAUAACGAUAGUGAUCGCCGCAUAUAACAUCCUAUAGAUAACUUUGUAAUAUUUUGUUAUAAAUAAACCCAUUGUGUACACGUAUUGAUUAUUGCCAAAUUAAAGUAUAUGCAUAUUAGAAACAGGCCCUAUCAGUGUAAAAAUAAUUUUGAACACGCGUUAAAAAUUAUUCUUAAAAUAUUACAAUCUUUGACGAUAAAGUACCUGAUGCCGUAAUUCGACGCACAUAUUUCGUUCUGUUUCUUCUCUUUUUGGCAAUAGUAUGCGUCAUUCAACUAACCUUAGCUGGAAUUCUACUAUCUAUCUGCAUAAUUUUCACAAAAUUUGAAUAUGCAGAAAUUUCAUUUUAUUGCCACCCAACAAGUACAAGAAAAAGGAGUAACAAACGGCUAAAUUCAUCGAACGUACGUGUUAAACAUACUUGAAGACUAAUUAAAUAUCUACAAAUAGCUCAUGACAAACUACAGAAAUAUAUGUUAUACAGUACAGUAGAACCUCGAUUAUCCGAAUUAAUUGGGACCGAGCCUAGUUCGGAUAAUCGCAAGUUUGUAUAACCGAAAUGCAAUUUUUAUCUUAGGGUUUAAUAGUAUGUGCCUACAAUACAAAUUUAAAUCGCGACAAAUAGUUCGGAUUAAGUAUCUAAAUAUAUAUUUAAACCUUGUUCAAACACCGAACGCUUGUUUUAUUACUUUGGUUUUAUAUAAUCGUCUAUUGUCAAUUGAAAAAGUGGACGGAUACGCCUGUAUCGAAUUACCGAACGAGAACCUGAUAGGUAAUUCGUCAAAACAUUCAUGAAUAAAUGUAACAUAUUCCUCACGAUUAGCACAAUUUAAGUAUAAAUUUUUCAUCGCUAUCAGAUCAAAUAACUUGAGAAUCGAGAUUUCGUAAUGCAGAAUUUAAACGAAUACGACUUUCUCGAUAAACUGUACGACAUACCAAAGUGUAAAAAUUAUGCUCCGAGUUAUUGUAGCCUUUUAGGGCCAAGCUCCACACUGCAGGUGAGCUCGCGAUUAUUGCGAAUAGUUUAACCAUGACCUUUAUAGGAUUGACACGGGGCUAUGUAAACUAUCUCCAGUACCUACGCUCAUACGCAAUUGAGGAACAUUGAAACUCAGGUAGAGGCGUAGAAUAGAUAUUGUUUGAUCAGCCGUCAACGCCCGCGACGCCUCAGGCUGGACAUAAAUUUAAAAUGCCUGUGUUGGGUAUUAAUAAUAAAUCUCAAAGCGAUAGAGCAGCAGCCGAUGUGGGUCGCGAGGCGAGAGAUAAGAGGACCAUUGUGAUGAAAAUAUUGAUCACCACAAAAAAUGCAGCCGAGUAUUAUUUACCAACCGGAACCA